UUUUUUCCACGUCGACAUGGUUUGAAGUAUCGAGCUGACAUUUUUCUGCUAUAGGUUUGGACGGCCGGACAGGUCAUUGGAUUGAUCCACGAUAUCCCGUCGGUCAAGGACUUGGUUCCUAGAAUAGAGAAGGAGGCCGAGGCGGCGCUGAAGGCGAGGCUGGCGUUGAUUAAGCCGGCGGCCAAGUUGUAGAGGGAGAGAGACUAUACAGAUAUUUUGUCGAAAGAGAGAGAGACCUACACAGAUAUGUAGAACAAUGACUUUGUACUAUGAUGAACCUACAACGCCACGAUCUCUUUUCUUCCAGCUCGUUGAUUUCUUCGAUUGAAGGAGUACGUACAUAGGUUGACUCGAGGCUGGGGUUUCCAUGUGGCUGAAACUAUCAUCCUAUUGGUUUGCGCUCGAGAUCUUUGGAUUGACUCGCGGUGCAUCUUCACAUGGAAAAAAAAAGAAGAAAAAAAAAGGUUGCUACCGGAGCCAAGCCAAACCAGCACGUGUUCCACCACGACGGACAAAGCACAAAAGGAUGGCCAUCAAGCUCAUCAGCCUCACAGCUAGAUAUCAUAAGCAGCCAGAGGUCCCGUGACGCCCUUAGAAGGCUAAGAAAGAGAAUGCGAGAGAAGAAUGGUGGGAGGACGGGAUGGUGAUCACCUGGGCUGCCGCAAAGUGCUUGUGACGCAAGCUAUUGGCGUGCCAAUUCCCCCGCAAGGUAAGUACCAGGGGGGAAGUACGGGGGAGGCGGGAGAACGUGGGGACCAAGGUUGCUGUCGCAGCGCGCCAACAGCCAGAAACAG